GGUUUUGGGGCCGCGCCGCCGCGGUUGCCAUGGCGACGCAUCGGCGGGUCGGGACGACACUUCCGGUCACGUGGAGAAGGGUUCGCGGCGGCGCGGCGUGUGUCGCUUCGUUUUCCUGUCACGUGACACGAGGAGUUCCGGUUCCGGCAGGAAGUGGAGCCGCGGUGGGAGCGCACGGACUCCCCGGGGCCGGAUCUCGGGUGCUUCACCCUCCCCCGCCGCGAUGGCCGCGCUGGAACACUCCAAAACGCUACAACAUCAUGGCCUUCAACAGUGCUGACAGAGUGACCCUGAGCACCUGGGCACAGGCGCGCAUGGAGCGGGACAUGAGCAACAAGCGGAUCUACGCCGAGGAGGAGCUGCCCGAGUCCGGGGCUGGCAGCGAAUUCCACCGCAAGCUGCGGGAGGAGGCACGGAGGAAGAAAUACGGGAUUGUCCUGCGGGAAUUCCGGGCUGAGGACCAGCCUUGGCUGCUCCGAGUCAACGGGAAAACCGGCAGGAAGUUCCGGGGGGUGAAGAAGGGCGGGGUGACGGAAAACGCCUCCUACUACGUGUUCACCCAAUGCCCUGACGGCGCCUUCGAGGCCUUCCCAGUCCGGAACUGGUACAACUUCACCCCCCUGGCCCGGCACCGCACCCUGACAGCUGAGGAGGCCGAGGAAGAGUGGGAGAGGAGGAACAAGGUGCUGAACCACUUCAGCAUCAUGCAGCAGCGGCGCCUGCGGGACCAGGAUGAGGAGGACGAGGACAAGGACAAGGGGAGGAAGGCCCCAGGCAAGGGCGGGGGGCUUCGGAUCCACGAUCUGGAGGAGGAUCUGGAGCUCAGCUCCGAGGAGAGCGAAGGCAGCGAGGCUGAGGGAGAGAAGGCUGUGAGGCCAAAGGCUGCUGGGGGAGGCUCAAGGAGAAGGAGAAGGAAGGGCAGGAAGGGCUCUGAGGACGAAGCACUUGAGGACAGCGACGACGGUGACUUUGAGGGCCAGGAGGUCGAUUACAUGUCCGAUGGCUCCAGCAGCUCUGGCGAGGAAGAUGCUGGUAAAGCUAAAGCGCCCAAGGAGGAGGAGGAAGGCCCAAAAGGCAUCGAUGAGGCGAGCGAGAGCAGCGAGGAGAGCGAGGAGGAGAAGGUGGAGGAGAAGGAGGAGGAAGAGGAGGGAAAAGCUACCCCCACCCCCCAAGAGAAGAAGAAAAAGAGGGAAAGCAGCGAUGAGUCGCAGACAUCGGAGGAGAGCGACAUCGACAGCGAGACGUCCUCAGCACUGUUCAUGGCGAAGAAGAAGACCCCCCCCAAGCGGGAGCGCAGGGCCUCCGGCRGCAGCUCCAGGGGGGGCUCCCGGCCUGGGACCCCCACGGACUCGGGGGGCACUGGGGGGACUCUCAGGGCUGCGGCUGCCCRGCUCGAGCAAGGUCGCCGGGCCCCCCCAGGCGGGUCCGAACCCCCUCCCCAAAAGCGGCUGAAGGCAGAGCCGGGGCCCCCAUCGGGCAAAUCCACGCCUCAGCCCCACUCUGGGAAGUCGACCCCCAGCAGCGGAGAGGUGCAGCUGACGGAGGAGGCUGUGCGCCGCUACCUGUCCCGAAAGCCAAUGACCACCAAGGACCUGCUCAAGAAGUUCCAGACCAAGCGCACCGGGCUGAGCAGCGACGCCACCGUCAACGCCCUGGCUCAGCUGCUCAAGCGCCUCGACCCCGAGCGGAAACUCAUUGCAGACAAGAUGCACUUCUUCCUCAAGGAGUAG